AUGAAAUUCUCCAUUAACGAAAUUAACUCUUCCGCAGUCCGUGGCUUAUUGCGCAUUACCCACACCCUCAUCUCUUCUGGAGGCGCUAUUUUUGAGGUGAGUUCUGAAACCUCAAUGGGAGUGAAGAAUCAGACGCAAGUGGUGGAAUUUGUCUUCCUGGGUUUCUCCGGCAUUCCUAACAGCCACAUCUACCUCUUCCUGCCAUUCCUAACCAUUUACCUGGUCACUGUACUGGGGAACCUCAUGAUAUUUACUCUGAUUCAGCUGGAUUCCAGCCUCCAGAGCCCCAUGUAUUACUUCCUCAGCCACCUCUCCUUCCUAGAUAUCUGCAUCUCCUCCACCACAGUCCCCAAGAUCCUUGUGAACUUCUUGUACCAGCGACAGACCAUCACCUACAACCAGUGCCUGGCCCAGAUGUUCUUCCUGAUGUCUUUUGUGGUGACAGAGGCUGCGUUGCUGACCAUCAUGGCCUAUGACCGCUAUGCUGCCAUCUGCAAGCCUUUGCAUUACUUCCGCCUUAUGAACACCAAAGUGUGCACCAUUUUAGCCUUUGCCACCUGGGUCUGGGGCUUCCUAGACUCUCUCCUUCAUACAGUUCUCAGCUCCAAGUUGCAGUUCUGUGGAGUCAACCAGAUUAAUCACAUUUUCUGCGAUAUCCCACCGCUAAUGAAAAUUUCUUGCAAUGAUGUGCAUAUUAAUAAAACUGCAACCCACAUAGCAAGCUUUUUUGUGGGUGUGGUCCCCUUCCUGUUCACGAUCCUCUCCUACAUCUUCAUCCUGUCCUCCAUCUUGAAGAUCCGCUCCACCACUGGAAAGCGCAAAGCUUUUUCCACCUGCGCUUCUCACCUCACUGUUGUCAUCAUUUACUUUGGAAAUGGAGUCCUUAACUAUAACCGUCCAAGCGCUGGUUAUUCCUUAGAGAUCGACACUCUGGUCUCCACCAUGUACUGCAUCAUCACCCCAAUGCUGAACCCCCUCAUCUACAGCCUCCGGAACAAAGAGGUAAAAGGUGCUCUGAAGAAGGUUCUGGAUAGUCAGAGGAAGGUCUACAUGGGGUCUUACAAGCAGUAA